AUUUCUUCACUGGAUUAUUUGUUUUUCAACUGUGGAGUUUGGAUGAUAAUGAUGGCCAGAUGUUGAGAUGAUGGAGGCACAAAAGCAAAGCAGCUUCCUUGGAAAAUGUUGAAAUAGGAGAGGAUAGGAGCCGAAGACCUAAAGAUGAUAGAAACCCACGUCAAAAGAAAGCGGAUCAGGAUCAAGGCCUGCUCAUGUUCCCUUGAAAGUUCUUAAGUUCCCUGGGGAGGCCCGUUCGUGGUAGGGGAAAGGGAACCCAGCCUUCCUUCCCUUCUUCCCAAGAACCUCGUAAAGAGAUGAACAAUCCUUUCCAAAGGAGUGCCAGAGCCACGCAAAACAGGCUACUAACAGAAGAUGGUGGAUCGCUUGGCAAACAGUGAAGCAAAUACUAGACGUAUAAAUAUAGUAGAAAACUGUUUUGGAGCAGCUGGUCAACCCUUAACUAUACCAGGAAGGGUUCUUAUUGGAGAAGGAGUAUUGACUAAGUUGUGCAGAAAAAAGCCCAAAGCAAGGCAAUUUUUCUUAUUUAAUGAUAUUCUUGUAUAUGGCAAUAUUGUCAUCCAGAAGAAAAAAUAUAACAAACAACAUAUUAUUCCCCUGGAAAAUGUCACUAUUGAUUCCAUCAAAGAUGAGGGAGACUUAAGGAAUGGAUGGCUUAUCAAGACACCAACUAAAUCAUUUGCAGUUUAUGCUGCCACUGCCACUGAGAAAUCAGAAUGGAUGAAUCACAUAAACAAAUGUGUUACUGACUUACUCUCCAAAAGUGGGAAGACACCCAGUAAUGAACAUGCUGCUGUCUGGGUUCCUGACUCUGAGGCAACUGUAUGUAUGCGUUGUCAGAAAGCAAAAUUCACACCUGUUAAUCGUCGUCACCAUUGCCGCAAAUGUGGUUUUGUUGUCUGUGGGCCCUGCUCUGAAAAGAGAUUUCUUCUUCCAAGCCAGUCCUCUAAGCCUGUGCGGAUUUGUGACUUCUGCUAUGACCUACUUUCCACCGGGGACAUGGCCACGUGCCAGCCUACUAGAUCAGACUCUUACAGUCAAUCAUUGAAGUCUCCUUUAAAUGAUGUAUCUGAUGAUGAUGAUGAUGAUGAUAGCAGUGACUAAGGACAUAUUUUGAAAUAUUUAAUUGGGUGUGACUACCUGAGAAAUCAGCUCUGGGAGAACAUAGAAUUCUGAGCUUUCUCUCAGUUUUGCUCUAGCCGUGAAUUUGCCUGAGAAUCUUUUAACCUAUGUGCCUCGAUAUAUUCCAUAGAAAAUAGGUCCUGUCAUUUUGUCCCCCCACCCCCACCCAACUCCCCGCUCUUCUACAGGGAUAGACUUUUGCAAAUCUACCAGAUAAAUUUUUGGUUUCUUAUUCUUGUUUAAUUUUAGAUUAUUUUGUUGGAAGGUUGAGAAAAGAUUUUUUUUUAACAGAUCAUGUAUUACAUUGAUGUUUACUAUAUGUUCUGUUAUAUGGAAAUACUAAAAGCAAAAAAUGAUGGAAAAAGUUGUAUAACGCAGUUAGCUAAUAUUAUUAGCUUUUUUCCUAACCAUUCUAUGUAAUGGUUAAGACACCAGUAACAAAAAAACGUGAUUUGAAAAUACUUUGUUCGGCUUUUUCGUAUACCAAGUGGUGCCUUAUCAUAAUAGCACUGUUAAAUGAAAUAAGCCCCUACCUUCUCACUUUUAGUUUGUUUUGAAAAUACACUGGUGCUCUUUGAGGUGAUAAAAUGAGCGUUUAUGAAUGGGUAUAAUUAGAAAAUACUUCUCAUCUGCAAGCUACAAAUAACUUUAGAGCUUCUUCAUUCUAUAUGAAUAUUUUUCCAUAAAAUAGUUGUGAUUAUAUUUUUAUGUUUUAUAGGUACCAAAUUGUCAAAUAUAUAUUUUAAAUUAAUAGGUUGUCAUUCUUAGGGAUUUGAUUUGAAAUUUAUCAAAUACAGAAUUGUCACACUGCAUUAGUUUCUACUUUUAGUAAAGCAUAUUUGUAGGUAUAAAUUCAUCUGCUUUAACAUUAUUUCUAGAAUGGAAAAUCUUACAAAACUUUUGAAAUUAAACAAUCUCUUAAAAAAAAAAAAUCCCACGAUACAGCAUAGAUCUACUUGGGUUGAAGACUUGGAAGAAAUAAUGUGUAAGAAUGAUGAAGACGGACCAGUUAAGUUUGACUAGACUUAUAUUGGUGGAAGUAUUGUCUAUUUCAGUGUGAAACUAUCUUGAAUUUGCAAAUAUAGUGUUAUAUUUUAUAAAGUUUUGUAAAGUCCCAAAUGAUACUUCUAUUUUUGUAAAACAAUUAUAUGUUAAUCUGUUUCUGAAAUCAUUUUGCAAUCUAUAGAAAUAGAGUAGCAGUUGAUCUUUCUAAAUUGUAAACUUCAUUGAGUCAGCCUAGAUUGCUUUUGAGAAUUAGUAAUUUUUCACUUUUUGCUUUUGAGGCAGCCAUUUAGGUUGAAAGUAUAUUUAUCAUAUAAAACUUGAUGCAUUUUGCACUAUUCUCUCCAUUUGUAUGCUGCAAAUAACUACAGUCUUUCAAAUAUGAAGAAAUCAGCCUAAAGUUUAUUUUAAAUUCCAAACUUCUGUGUUUUUAAAUAUUUAAAUCUGGAUAUAUUGCAGAUGUCAUGACUGUUUGAUUCAGUAACGUGACGGAGAAUUUUUGGGUUUGGUUAAGGCACUAACUUUACUGUUAGAUUGUGAAAGCAUCUGAGAUACAUAGAUUUCCCUGUAGGAAAUGUGAAACAAAGCCACAACAGUUUUUUUUGUUUGUUUUAAUAUCAUAUGGACAUUUGUUUCCAAGCAAUAUAUACAGUAUAAUUGCAGUAUAAUUAAUCAACAUAUCUCAAAAAGACCAUGAAGCCUGAGAAGUGCUAAUGGAGACUUUCUGGUACAUAGGAACCCAGCAAAUUCAAGAACCAAGGGGAAAUCUGGGAUGACAUUUGCAUUGUCAACCUUUGUUGACUCUGUUUUUACAAUAAAAAAUAUUUUACAACUUAA